GUGAAGCUUGAGUGGGAGCGAGUACGAAUGAGAGCAGAGGGAGUUCCCGACGACAACGGCGCUACGCCCCGGGGAAGCGGGCACGGGACGAGGGUCGCUGGUAUCAAGCGAGCCCACGCCUUUCCUGACUCGCACCUGGCGUGGGAUCGGUAA